AUGAUGUACGCUACUCGUACCCCCCUCUCUGACGCUGAACUUACAGAAAUUCUUCGGUUCGGCAGAGAGGAGGGCGGCUGGACUCGCCUUCCGGACCCGACUUCCCCUUCGCCGGCGACAAUCUAUGCUCCGCAGCCCCGCCCUGCUACGAACCCCGACACCUCGUCGAACACGCUACACGCCAACUCUAUACAAUUCCCGAGCACACCGCACCCACUCACCGGACGCGUCCUCGACGACGAAGACUAUCGGCCCAUCGUCGCGGAGGCCGAAGGAACAAGCGAAGAUGUCGACUUCCCUGGGUACUACCGGGCAGCCGGUUGCCUCAUCCCUCUCGGCGACCCUCUAUUCAGCGAGAAUCGGCUCAAAGCCCCGAUCCGUGCCGAAUCGCCCCCGUUCUACCCAAACUCGAUCCAUCUCCUGAUGGCCUCCGACCGCUCGUAUUUCAAGACUCUCUCGGCGCCUACGACCCCCAAACCAGCUUCGCCGGACGACCCUCACUCGUGCACCUAUGUCAUCAAGCUGGUCCCUCGCGACGACCCUCGACUUAACGGCCAUCCGUUCAAGCCGAGCCGACUUCCCGGCCCUGGCGAACCCGUUGCGCCGCACUGGGUCAACGAACAGACCCCGCUGCUGUACAUCAGCGAAGGUCUAUUUCAGAUAUUAUCGGUCGGCUUUGCGCUUCGCCCGUUCCGCGAAAGCAUAAGUCGAUUUCUUUCUCAACUACCUACGGCCUCUAACUACAAGAACUCACAGGGCAGCCUCGAAUAUCGCAAGAACUUUGACGAAGCGGUGGACCGUCUCCGAGAAGACGGGAUCGACCCUUACCCCGAGCUCUUGGGGUAUUAUCGUGAGGACGGCUACGCCAUUCCUAUUGGCCAACCGCCCUCGAGCGACCACCGAGUCAAGCUGCCGAUCCGAGCCACGUCUCCUCCAGGAUUCCCUCGCUCUAUUCACGACCUCGCCAUCGCGGCACCGCUGGUAUUCCGACCGUUAUCCGCACCUUCAACGCCCCGACCCCCUGAAAGCCAGUACCACGUUUCGAGGACGUACGUCCUCGAACUGGUACCGCAUGGCGACCUCAGGCUCUGUGGCCGCAUGCUCCGAAGCAGCCGGCAGCCUCUGCUCGGAGAAAAUCUCUCACCUCACCAUACCGACGACUCGACACCUCGGAUGUACUUCAUCGAAGACGACUUCAACAUUCUCGUCAGCAUGACACGAGAAGCGCAAUCCGAGGCCUCCAACAUCGACUCACCCGAGAACGGCUCCCCUCCGAUGACGCAAGUACAAGAUGAAGAGCUUCAACAAGCUCUGCUCAACGGCGAGUUCCCCGCCCUGCCCGACGAAUACUAUGCCACCGCCGGAUACGCGAUUCCGAUGGGGAACCGCCCGACAGCCCCCUUCGAAUCAAAGUCCCUAUUCGCGCCGCCUCACCCCCCGAUGCCGCGUAUCUACCGCCCGCUAUCUGCGCCGACGACACCCGAUCCACCCGCACGUGACUAUCCGACAUCAUGCAUGUACACUCUCGAACUCGUUGACGACCGCGACCCUAGGCUCGCCGGGAAACAUCUCCGAGCACUAUACCGCGACUCGGAUGGCUCAACUCCCGCGUCGCACUCGGUCACCGACGAAACGCACCGCCUUCUCUUCAGCCACGGACUGUUCAAACUACUGGCGCGGGUCUCUCAUCAAGCGAUCCGCAACCAAGCUCGUGAACAGGAGCUCGCAGAAAUGCAGGCACGACGUCAGCGUCUCGAAUUGCCCGACAUCGACAUGGACGCCUCCGAUCUUCAGGGCCCCAUGCGUGCCAAUGCACUCGUUCUGUCACCUCCGGUCCCGCCUCACCUAUCGCUUCCCGAUCCGCUGACGACACUUCAACACGCACCGCUAGCCGGAAACAAACUCUUGCGACGCCUCGACAGACUCAGGAUCGCGGAAGGACCCGCAGCUGAAGACCGCCCGCCCACACCUCGACCGCCGAUGGAAGGAAUCGAAAUCAGCGUAGAGCAUCGACUCCGAUUCCCGCCCACGAACGCCAUCCUCAAUGACCCCGGCAUGCCAUACUAUCGCACCGACGGAUACUUGAUUCCCAUCGGCGAGUCUCCGACCAGCGCCAACAGGAUCAAGAUCCCAAUGCGACUUCAAACGCCUCCGGGGUACCGCGGCACCGUCCACGCGCUCUCGCAGGUCGACCCGUCCCUCUUCCGCCCGAUGUCAGCGCCUCCGACUCCCGAACCAGCACCCGAAGACUAUCCAACCUCGCAACGCUACCAUCUCUUUCUCGACGCACCCCGGGACCCGGCCGAACGCCAAUCUCCAUUCUCCAUCGAAAGCUCUCUGGUACCUCCUCAAGACGAUCGCCCCUCGACGCGAACGCUACGGGACUCGGACCCGUACCUCUGGUUCGACAAGGCCCUUUUCGACUACCUCCAUAUCACUUACCCCCUCGCCGACGGAUGGAGCAACAACAUCAACGAUCCAGCGACGUGUCUCCCCGGCCCCGAAGGAGGCGACGCGCCCGAGUUGCCCACCGUCGAUGAAGAGACGCACCUCGCCGAAUACGACCGCCUCACCAUCAACUACCCGGUCUCCACCGAGCGCACAACGGUGACGCCACCCCCGUCCAUCUGGCGCAACGAGAACGAUCCUAGUAACGGCCCUGUACCGGCCUUCUCGCGCUCGGACACGACGACCCCUGCGAGCGAAGAACGUCCUCGAACCCCCGCCGGCCGUGGACGUAGCAUGUUCCGGGUCAUGUAUGACCGGAUAUGCGAGCUCACCGAGGCUACUCAGUUCACCGUGGCCGCCAUCGCCACGCUCCUCUCAAGCCACGCAUCAUUCUAUCGCACCGCCCGCACUCAGCACGAAGCCAUGCAAGCGGCUCUCUCGCAAGUCCUCGAACAGGUCGCCGCCACGUCCGACGCCGUCGCCGAAUACGCUACCGACCACCGAAACUUCGUGGACCGACUCACCGGCGACGUACUCGAUCUCCAGCUCGACAUCAAUGCUAUCCGCACCAAUGUCGAGGCCUGGAACUGGACACCGGAGGACGGCGACGAAGUCGACGUCGACCAUAUUCUGCGCUCUUCGUCCAGCUCCAGCUCGGACAUCGACAUAUCCGCCGCCGACUACAACGACCUCCAGCCGUGA